UGCUGAAUAGUUACAGAGCAGCAUCUGCUGCAUAAGAAGCAUGGACUUGUUCUUGUAGUAUUUCUGAGAAAAGCAGUUAUCAGAAGAAACUGCUUCCUUGAACCUACAGUGUUACUGGUGGACUGCUCUUCAGUUAUCCUCAUACAGCUUUCUUCCCAGAGGUAAUGAAUUCCAUGGCUGGCGUGAGACUUCGGGGGCUAGCAUCUUCCAAACUCUAUCAACGCCGGCAAGAUCGUCUGAGUGGCACAGGGUCACUAUGGAAUGAUGGGAAAGACAGGGCAGCUGGGAUAUUUAGUAACAUGUCAGAUGCCCUUGCAAACGCUGUGUGUGAGCGCUGCCGAGCUCGCUUUGAUCCAACUGAGCGAAUCGUGAACAGCAAUGGGGAACUAUAUCAUGAAAACUGCUUUGUCUGUGCUCAGUGCUUCCGCCAGUUUCCAGAUGGACUCUUCUACGAUUUUGAAGGGAGAAAGUAUUGUGAGCAUGACUUCCAGAUGCUGUUUGCGCCAUGCUGUGGGGAAUGUGGUGAAUUCAUCAUUGGCCGUGUUAUCAAAGCAAUGAACAAUAACUGGCACCCAGAAUGCUUUCGUUGUGAGCUCUGUGAUGUGGUUCUUGCUGAUUUGGGCUUUGUGAAGAAUGCUGGCAGGCACCUCUGUAGGCCUUGCCAUAAUCGUGAGAAAGCCAAGGGCUUGGGCAAGUAUAUUUGCCAGAAGUGCCACUUGAUAAUUGAUGAACAGCCUCUGAUGUUCAAGAAUGAUUCCUACCAUCCAGAUCACUUCAGCUGCACCCACUGCGGGAAGGAGCUGACAGCUGAUGCCAGGGAGCUGAAGGGGGAGCUCUACUGCCUGCCUUGCCAUGACAAGAUGGGCAUCCCAAUCUGUGGGGCCUGUCGCAGGCCCAUUGAGGGUCGAGUGGUCAAUGCUCUGGGGAAACAAUGGCAUGUGGAGCAUUUUGUUUGUGCCAAAUGUGAGAAGCCAUUCCUGGGACACCGGCACUAUGAGAAAAAAGGUCUGGCUUACUGCGAGACUCAUUACAACCAGCUCUUUGGAGAUGUCUGCUAUAACUGCAGCCAUGUGAUUGAGGGGGAUGUGGUCUCUGCUCUCAACAAGGCUUGGUGUGUGAACUGCUUCGCUUGUUCCACCUGCAACAUCAAACUCACCUUGAAGAAUAAGUUUGUGGAAUUUGACAUGAAGCCAGUGUGCAAGAAGUGCUAUGAGAAAUUCCCUUUGGAGCUGAAGAAGAGGCUGAAGAAGCUGUCUGAGUUGGCCUCCAAGAAAACUCACCCAAAAGCUCUGGACUUAAACUCCGCUUAAACAGGUCUGUACCCUCUGCUGACUGUAUGCACCCUCACCAGCUACAAUCUGCCUCAGCUACUGAUCACAAAAGGAACUUUUAAAAAUGGUUUCAAGGACUCAAGACAAACAAAAGCUCACCAGUUAUAUCUUGCACUCCGAAUGUUUAUUCUGCUCAGGUAUAGUGUGUGUAGAGGCUGUCCUCCAGAAUAGAAUGGUGACAAUAUGCAAUAAUGCACUAUGAUUUUUCCUUUUGUAUAAGUUGUGUAUCAUGUUCUCUCACUAUUUGCCCAUUUUGUUUUGAGAUUCAGGCUCAUGUUACACACUUACUUGAAUUCUUCUGUCUUCUCCUUCCCCCGUCUCCCCUCCCUCCGUCCCUC